AUGGUACUUGCAAGUGACAGUCUGCAACAGAUGGAUGAAAUGAAAAGAGGAAUGUGGAAGAGACUUAUAGACAAGUUUAAUGUUAAAUCCCCUCAGGAUGGAGCAAAGGAGUAA